AUGACGGCGCUGUUCAUGAACAAAAGGAACUCCGCUUCGCGUCAUGACCGCAUCACCACCUCGGGUACAUUUGGCGAUACAUAUGGGCUGAAGGCAGUGUCAGUGAUGGAGGGAGAAUCUGUCACUAUACACACUGAUAGAGAAAUGAGAAAUAAUGAUCUGAUUCUGUGGAGGUUUGGACCAGAAAAGACUUUAAUAGCUGAAAUCAAUGUAGUGGACAGCAGCGUGACUGUAAAUGAUGAGUAUGAUGGACGAUUCAAAGGUAGAAUGAAGGUGGAUCGUCAAACUGGAUGUCUGACCAUCAUAAACACCAGAAUUGAACAUGCUGGACGUUAUGAACUACAGACCAACACGAUGAAGAAGUUUUUCAUUCUCACUGUCAAUGAUGAAGUCAGUUUCAGUGAUGGAGGAAACUCUGUCACUCUACACACUGAUACUGAAAUAAGGAACAAUGAUCUGAUUCAGUGGAGGUUUGGAAAUUAUUUAAUAGCUGAAAUCGUGGAAACGGCCAACGGCAUCACUGUAUAUGACGAUGUUCUUGAAGGGAGAUUCAGAGACAGACUGCAGGUCGAUGAAGAAACCGGAUCUUUGACCUUCACAAAUGCCAGAAUUGAGCACACUGGAUUUUAUCAACUACAGACCAACCAAACGAAGAAGGUUUUUACUCUCAGUGUCUAUACUCCUCUGCCUGUUCCUGUCAUCUUCAGCUACUGUCCUCCUUCAUCAUCGUCAUCAGCAUCCAAAUGUGUGCUGCUGUGCUCAGUGGUGAAUGAGGGUCAGGUGACUCUCUCUUGGUACAAAGGAAACAGUUUAUUGUCCAGCAUCAGUGUGUCUGAUCUCAGCAUCAGUCUCUCUCUGCCUCUGAAGGUGGAAUAUCAGGAUCAAAACACCUACAGAUGUGUGCUGAACAAUUCAUUCACUGAGCAGACUCAACAUCUGGACAUCGGUGAAAGCUGUCACACAUGUUCAGGCUCUGUCCGCGGUUGUGAUACUGUUCAAGCUGUGAUCCGAUUGGUCGUCACUGCUCUAGUGGGCGUGGCUGCUGCGGCUGCUGUUGUUGUUCUGUAUUAUGACAUCAGAUCCAGAAGAGCUGAACAGAUUCAAGCACAUUCUCGAAUAUCAGCAACCUAAACUAUGUGGUUAUUUCUGAUGUAACCUUUUAUCAUUUAUAAAUUAUCAUUUAUUUUCAAAGGCUUUGUAUAUUUAUCUGCUUGUAUCGAUGUUGAUUUAUCAGCAGCUCAUUUUCACCCUAGAAGAUGAUUUGAGAACAAAAAGCAAUGCAAGUAUCAAAUGCAAGUAUUUGUCAUAAUAAAAACAGAGAUUACUAAAGCUAGCACCAGGGAUCAUCUUUGUUGGCAUUUUUCAUUGAAAAGUAAGGCUAUAUGAUUAGUUAGGCCAGACGAUAAUCUGAUUAGUGAACCAUUUCAAAAUUAUUUGAUGUAAAAUAUACUUUCUCUGUUAUAGUUACACUGUAAAAAAAAAAAAAAAGUUGACCUAACUCAAAAAAAAUAAGGCAACCUAUCGCACUCAACUUAAGUUCAACUAGCAACUGACAACUUAAAAACUGAAUAAAAGUCCGUCUACAUUUAUCAUUUAAAUUAUAUCAUGUUAAAAGUUCUGUUAGAGCAACCAAACAUUUUUUUAGCAUUUAGCAAUGCUAAACUUUUUUGUUAACAAUCCUCUUUCAUAUUUCUGUAUAUUUUCAAAGCCUUCUACAUAAUAUGGGUAGUAUUUGCUUCUUAAAACUAAAGGCAAACAUUUACGCAGAUAGACAAAUGUAUUAAACAAAUUGCAAUGAGAUGCGCAUAUAUACAGUAUAUAGUGAAAAUAUGAACUCUGAUCCACAUGACAGCUAGCGUGACAGUGACAACAGCAUAAAUUAAGCCAGUAAAAUUUAAAACGAUAAUAUUUUAAUGAUAAUUAACAUAAAAUGUUUUCAAGUUUCAAUGCAAUAUUGUUCAGUGUAAAAUUGUCAGAUGACUCAAUUUGAAAAGUUGGGAGAACAUUUGGAUACGUUGUGAACAAAUGCUUGAGUAUCUAAAUAAGGUAAACAAAACAACUUUUGCUAGUGACAUGUUUAGAGUAUUUUUGGUCAGUUCACACAAAAAAAAUAAACGGACUUCUACUAAACAUUCUUUGUUCAGGCUACUUUUUUACAUUGGUUUGCAGGACUUUUUGAAAGUUGGAUUUUUCACAGUGUAUAUAGUUCUCUGUUUAUUGGUGCUUUGUUUUGUGUUUUUAAGGUAUGGAAGAUAAGUGGGAAUCACUGUAUAAUCUCCUGUCAGUGGGAUUGUACCCAUCAGGGUAUGAUAAGUCCAAAAGGCAGAACCUUCGUAGAUAUGCACCCAAAUUCAACCUAAAGGGUAGUUAUUUUAAUUUAAAUUGUUUAUUGUUGCCAUCUUGAUCUUUCUUUUCCAACAAUGGCAAACGCCCUUUUAGUCUACUUCAGUCGU